AGUAAUAAGACUUCAUUUCCUGAUAAAUUGCUCCCCUUUUUAUCAUGAUCCUUUCUUGACUCUCAAAUCUUAAGUAUGACGAAAGGGAAGUAACAAGGUCAAAGGUUGUAUGAAUGGGGAUGUUGUGUACUUCAAAGGAAGUGCGAUAUCAAAUUACACUAGCGAGUCGGUAAACUGUUAUUUGGUCGCAAGGAAUAUACUCAGUCCAUUGCAUAAUGCUCAUGAUUUGAAAGUAAAAAAAUUCGAACUUCAAAAAAUUUUUGAAAUAAAAAAUUUACUCUGAAAUGGACAGCAAAUUAAUUAGUGCAGUUACUUUUUGGCUUUGUGUUUUAUAUGUUUGGGAUUAUAGAAGUGUAUUUGGCAAUACUUACACAGACAGAGAUUCUGAAAUUAGUUCCUUUUCUGGUAGUCAAUAUUCAAAUAGUUGUGUUAAUCAUGUAAUUUAUUUAAAAGAAGAAAAUGAAAAACUUCAGCAAGAAUUGGAUUUUUUUAAGUACAAAAAUACAGAAUUACAGUUAGAAGUAAAUUCUUUAUCCGGCCAGUGUGGAGUUAUUCAACACUGCCAAUCAGGAGGCAUAUUUUAUGCUAAUGGAGAUAUAUGGUAUCCAGAUCCAUGUACAACAUGCAGGUGUGAGAAUCAUAGAAUAAAUUGCUAUACAUCUUUCCAUUCAUCUCACUGUGAACUUCAAUGUAAUGAAAAUACUUGUUUGAAUGGUGGGGCUUGUAUGAAUUCUCUUGGAAGCCAUUCAGUUCAAUGUGAUUGUCCAAAUGGAUUUUCAGGUCCAUUGUGUGAACAAUCAAUUACUAGUUGCACUCCUACUAGAACAGGAAAUAACUGCAAUCAUAAUCAGUCUAUUUGGUUCUUUGAUUCCUACUCAAAUCAGUGUAAAUCAACAAAAACAGGCUGUUUUGAAAAUGGUUCAACCUUCACGACUUUUGAGGAGUGUUCUUCGUCAUGCUUACAAGGAACUUGCUGUUACCGUAUGAAGAUAGGAGAUUUACACGAUGUAAUUUGCCAGGCUGAAACAAUGAAAAAUUGCCAAGUUUUGUGUCAUGAUGAAAAUGUGGAAGUCUUAGGCUAUUAUCCAGGAAUAAAAUGUCCCCCUGAAGGCUGUGGAAUGAUAGCAUCAAAAGUUUGCCAUACAGGAAUAUCUCUAUAUAGUCCUGGAUCAGAAUUUUCAUUUGGAUGCGACAAAUGUGAAUGUUUAGAUGAACAUAUCUCAUGCACUUGUCCCUCUCUGAACAUACGCCGAGAAAUUCGUGACCUGAGCUAUGCUGAACGCCUUGAAUACCAAAAAGCAAUAUCUCAUCUCUAUGAAGGAAAGGAUAAAAGUUUGUGGACAUCUUUCAGAAAUUUAUAUGUUACCCACGUGAUGCACGCAAACUCUCCUCAAUAUUUCCUAUUCUGGAAUCGAUACUUUCUUAGAACUGUUGAGAGACAUUUGCAAGAAUGGAAUUGUUCCAUCACCAUUCCUUAUUUUGAUUUUUCUUUGGAUGCUGGUAAUUUAUCAUCUUCAAUAAUUUGGAGACCAGAUUUCUUUGGGUCAGCACAUUGCAAUGAAAAUGGUUGUCAAGAACGUUUCAUUCCAAAUACCGAAAUUGCUUGGACACCUUGCAUUACAAGAAAAGUAAAAACAAACGGAAAUUCACCAACUAUGAUAGAUCUAGCUUUAGCUUUAACAAAACCAGAUUUUAUGAAAUUCACGACAGCGCUUCAAGGAAUUUCUAGUUAUUUGCAUAAUUUUAUAGGAGGGGAUAUGGAAACUACCAACAGUCCUUUUGAUCCAAUCUAUUAUUCUCUGCAUGCGUAUAUUGAUAUGCUGUUCUGGAAGUGGGAAAAGCGUCAUAUCCACCAAAGCCUAGAAAAUUACGGAGCUGAUAUAUUGGAUUUAAAUUUAAUACCCUUCAAUACAAAACAAAAAUUUCUUAUUGAUUCUGAAAAGAACCUUUGUGUAUCUUAUAAUUCCGAAGAAUUCAGAGGAGCAAAUAGAGAAAGUUUCUCAACUUCAAACAGAGCGACAUAUCAGAACAGUUAUUCAUCUGGAUGUGCUUACGAGUGUGGAAAUGAAGAAGAGAUUCGAAAUGUUUUAGAUGCUGGACGUAGAAUUCAAUCAGUUCUUUAUAAUCAGGAAGAAACAUUUCUAAAAACUCUUCCGAGAACAUGCUUGUCUCCUUCCGAUUUACCUACCACUUACACAAAUCAGAUAUGGAAUGUCCAACCUGAUGAUUUUGAGAUGCAUUCGAAUUUUCAACCAGUUACAAUGAAAUCAGAAUUGUGUGAUAAAUUUUGCUUCACUGCAGAUAUUUUCCUUUCACCUGAAAUAAGUAAUCCUUCUGAAAAUUCCUGCUCUUCUAAUGAGCUUUCCGUACCCGUAUGUGAUGAGUCAGCUCUAUCAAAGUGUCCUUAUUACACUUACGCUCCAUGCAGACUUUCUUUAUGUGGAAAUUGUUCCCUAACUUGUCACGUGAAUAAUCAGGAUAUAGAAUGCAAAGAAUCAGCAUUAGAUUUUUGCAGUCCUAAUCCUUGUAAACACGGUGGCCUUUGCCAACCAUCUGAAUGGCCAACUCUUCCACAUUUGAUAACUUGCGAGUGCCAGCCAGGUUUUGAGGGUCAAUUUUGUGAACAGCUUUCAGUUCAACGUUGCUCUUUACCCCUAGAUCAAGGAAAAUUGAUUAAUGGCUGUGGUUCUCCUAUCAAACGUUGGUACUUUGACGUUCAGAAACAAGAUUGUGUAUCGUUUUUCUAUCAAGGAUGUGUUGGAAAUGCAAAUAAUUUUUUUUCUUAUUAUGCUUGUCGCGUGUCUUGCAUGAUUGGUGCUUGCUGUUGGAGAUAUCCUCUGUUUCCUAACAGAAUAAUAGGAUAUACCACCGAUGGAUAUGACAGGUAUGGUUUUAAUUUGGAUGGAAGAUCAAAAGAAAACGAGAAACGAAAUGCAGAAAAUGGUUUUGGUGGUUCAAAAGGAAUUUUCAGGUUUAAUGGAUUAGACUAUCAAGGUUAUGAUAAAAAAGGAUUUAAUGCAUCCAGAUUAGACAGACAAGGCUAUAAUUUUGAUGGAUAUCACAUUAAAACUAAGUUCAAUUUGUCUGGAUACAAUUCUUUCGGAGAUUAUGAUGGAAUUAUUGAAUUUGGUGAGUCUAGUUACAAUAAUGAAGGAUAUAAUAGAGCAGGUUUCAAUUGUCAAGGCAAUAAUGUAGAAGGAUGGGAUAACUAUGGUACAAGUAAUGGAUGGAAUUUUGAUUGCAGAGCAAUGAAUCUGAAAGACUGUCAGAAGAUGGAGAAAGAUUCGCCAACAUCGUACCAAGUAAUAUCUUUUACACCUGGUAAAAGAUGCGAGGAAGUAAAUUGUGAAAAGAAAUGCGGAUGCAAUUUUCUUCAUGAUAUCUACUCAAUACAUGAGCAAAUCCCUAUUGGUUGUGGUAAUUGUGAAUGUUCGGAAACUGGUCGAAUUUCCUGCCCGUGUGCUACAGUGAGCAUGCGCAAAGAAAUUAGGGAUAUGACAACUGAAGAUUUGAAACGAUUUCAAGAUGCUGUUAAGUACCUUGCGUUAAAAGGUCAUCCAUCAAUUUGGCAAAAUUUAACGAAUAUAUUUACAAAUGCUUUACCACAGUUUCAUGGAAACCCAUAUUUCUUGCCAUGGAUUCGAUAUUAUUUACGCUUAGUCGAAAUGAAAUUACAAGAAAUCGAUUGCUCGGUCACGUUACCAUAUUUUGAAUGGACUAUGGAUGUUGGAAGCUUAGAUUCAUCAUUUGUUUGGCAGGCAAAUAUUUUCGGCGGGAAUGGUGACAGAACUAGAAAUUAUUGCGUUAGGAACCACCCUUUUAAAAGUCACGAACCACCAUAUUGGAGUGCUUGUUUGAGACGCAAUUUUAAUCUCUCAGUGUCUUUGCCAAACGCUGUAGAGAUUGAAAAAGUUUUAAGAUUGCAAACAUAUGAGGAAUUUAACUACCAAAUCGAGGAGAUCAGUAGCUUGUUUCAUUUAUUUGUUGGAGGACACAUGGCAACAGCUGAAGCUGCAUAUGAUCCCAUUUUCUUUGCUCAUUAUGCUUUUAUUGAUAAACUUUGGGAUAUAUGGGUCGCUAGAGACCCAAACCGUUUGCUGACUUACCCACAAGAUAAGCGAUAUAUACCCUUGGCGCCUUUUAGUGUACUGCCUGAUGAUGUGUUUCUCAGUGAAUUUCAGCUAUGUGUACAUUACAUUGAAAUCACAGAAGGGGCACCAUGUACCGAUGACUCCAUGGCUGCUUUUCAUGAUAAAUAUAUGGACAACUCGCAAUUCAAAACAUUCGAUAUAAGUGGCUAUGAUGUAGAUGGUUAUGAUUCCUUUGGAUAUGAUCGCAUGGGAUAUACAAAAACAGGAUUUUCUAGAAAUUCUUUUAAUCGAGAUGGAUUAGAUGCGUCAGGUUUCGAUGAACAAGGAUUCAAUCGCUAUGGGUUUGAUAGAUAUGGAUGCAACUCUAUGGGAUUUUGUUUUCCAAACUCUCUUGAUGGUUCUGCUGCUAUUCCAAUGCCAUCUCCUUGGGAGGAAUUCAGUGAAUUAGGUUAUAGACCGACCGGUUUUGAUUUUCAUGGCUAUGACAUAUACGGUUUUGAUUCUAACGGGCGUGAUGCAAAUAAUUGUUCAUACUUUUUUAAUGGUCCUUUUUAUCCGAUAUUCAUGAAAAAUGCCAAACGGAAGUUAAAUACAUUACAUCCGGAGGAACUUGAUCAAAUUAAAACGAUUUGUUUUGGUAUAUCCGAUGUUCCAGAAUGGUGGUUAAAUCUCUAUUGGAUGAAUAGAGUAAAUCCCGACAGAAAAAUUCACAUUUCUGCUGCUGUAGAAGAUUCAUAUUCUCCUUUCUUUGGAAAAAACCAAAUUUGGUUGGCACCAACGCCAGAUGAGAGAUUCUGUUUUCGUCUAUAUCAUCACUCAAAAUGUGAUUUGAAUAAACCUCCGAUACCUUGUCCAUUUCAUACUUGCAAUUCUGCUGUCUGCCCAACUGUCCCAAGUGCUCGAUGCAGAAGUUUUGGCUGCGGGUCGUGUGAAGCAAAUUAUUUGAAUGUCAUAACACAGAAACCAACAUCUUGCAAUCAAAAUGAUUGUAUUUCAAUGGACGGAAAUAUAAAAGUUGAUGGAGACGUUUGGGAAGAAGAUUCGUGCUACAGUUGCAAUUGCCAGUCAGGAUUAGUUUCUUGCUCAUCAAUUCAGUGUGAAACAGAAUGUGAUCAUCCUGUUGUUGUUCCAGGCUCCUGCUGCCCAAUUUGUGAUGGCUGUAAAAAGGAUAAUAUAAUGUAUACAAAUGGACAAGACUUUAUAGAUGCUCACAAUCCCUGUUUAAAAUGUCUAUGUCAAAAGGGUUCAAUACUGUGCACUUCUGUGGCAUGUGAGCCAAUGAAGCCAUGUAUGGAAAGCGCUCUUGUGACUUUGCCAGGAGAAUGUUGUCCAAAAUGCUCGAUGUGUGGACCUCAUCAGGAAAAUUCUCAUUGGAAAGAGAGUCCUUGUCACAACUGCACAUGCAAGGGUGGUAAUGUUCAUUGUACCGUCAUCGAAUGUUCCUUACCUGGUUGCCAAUAUCCGGCACGAACUCCAGGAGAAUGCUGCAGACAUUGCGAAGAUUGCGAAUACAGAGGAAAUUAUGUGAAACACUCGGAAGAAUUUUACCCUGAAAGUUGUAUCGAAUGUGUAUGUCAGAAAGGGAAUAUUGCUUGCCAGAAAAUUGACUGCUUUCAUUCUAUUUGCAAAAACCCUGAUGCUCAACAUGAAGAAUGCUGCCGUCUUUGUCAGAAAGAUUGUCAGUAUGACGGAAAAGUGUAUGAAGAUGGUACCAUUUUUCAACCCAGUUUUAAUCCUUGUAUGAACUGUUCCUGCGAAAAAAGUAUAGUUCGUUGUCAACCUAUUAAAUGUCCAGAUACAGAAGAUACAUGUGAAAUUCCUGUGUUUCCACCAGGUGGAUGUUGUCCACAAUGCCCAAAGUGUACAUUUGAAAAUAAAGAGUAUACCAAUGGUCAAAGAUGGAAAAUUUCAAAUGAUUCUUGCGAAACGUGUGUUUGCAUGAAUGGAGUUGUUAUGUGCUCUGAACGAGAAAGUUGUCCUCACCAAACUUGUACGCAUGGUGUCAAACCACCUGGUGAAUGUUGUUCAUCAUGUAUUGAUUGCAGAUACAAGAAUCAUUUAGUUCCAGAUAAAAUGCAGUUUUCUCCACCAGAUGAUCCUUGCUCACGUUGCCAAUGUCAAAGAGGAAAUAUUACAUGCGUGAGAGAAAAAUGUCCAACUCUUCUUUGUACUGUUACUGAACUACCGGCUGGUUCUUGCUGCUCAGUCUGUAAAGGUUGUGUCAAUAGUGUAGGUCAAGUUGUUGAACAUGGCCAAAAAUGGAUUCAUCAUUCAGACAUCUGUCAAAUCUGCUCUUGCUCGGAUAGCGUCACCAAAUGUGAGAGAAUUACUUGCAAAAUUCCUUGCACACAUCCAGUGAUGAAACCUGAAGUUUGCUGUCCUGAGUGCAAUGGUUGUCAGGUUUUGGGUAGAAUUUAUCAAAACAGUGAAGAGAUACCAUCAAGCGAUCGAUGCAGAAGAUGUGUUUGCUAUGGAGGUAAUAUGGAAUGUGAAUCCGUAAGCUGUCCGACUGUCACUUGCUCAAAUCCAAGAAAAGAAGCAAAUAAUUGUUGUCCAGUAUGUGACGAAUGCAACUUUCAGGGUUUGGUUUACAAAGAUCGAGAAAGGUUUACACCUAAAUCAGAUUCUUGCUACUCUUGUUUAUGUGAUAAAGGAGCUGUUAGCUGUGAAAGGCGUGAUGAUCGAUGCAAUCCUCAAUGUAGUGACCCUGUAAAACUACCCGAUCAAUGUUGUCCAGUAUGUGAUGGUUGUUUCUAUGAAGGAAGAACUAUGAAAAAUAAAGAACGUAUCAUACCUAACUCAGAUGAGCCAUGCCUCAUGUGUGAGUGUCUUAAUGGCAACAUCAGAUGUUAUAAGCAGCCUUGUCCUCAACUCAACUGUUUAAAUCCUGUUCGAUUAGAAAAUACAUGCUGUGAAGAAUGCGUUGACUACUGCAUGGACUCAAAAGACAAUAAUAAAGUUCACAAUGAAGGCGAAGUGUGGGUAUCCUUUGAAAAUAAAUGUGACGUCUGUACUUGUAAGGAUUCAAUUAUACGAUGCCAACCUGCUAGCUGUCCACCUACAUCUUGUUUACAUCCAGCUGCCCCAUUCGGGGUAUGUUGUCCUGAAUGUGACCAUUGUCAAUUUACUCAUAGAUUGUAUAGAAAUGGGCAAGAAUUUACUCAUGAAGACGAUCCGUGCCAAAUCUGUAAAUGUCAGAAUGGUUCUGUAUCAUGUGAUACAAUUGUCUGCGAUCCCCUACCUUGCAUGCAUCCAGAGAAUUUAGAAGGAAUGUGCUGUCCAAUAUGCAGUCCUGAAGUCAAAUGUCAUCAUCUAGGUAAAACAUAUGAUGCAUGGGAGAAUGUAUUAGAUCCUGAAAAUCCUUGCAGUGAAUGUGUUUGUGUUGAUGGAGUGUUUAGCUGUCAUCCUGUUCUUUGUUUGAAUACGGAAUGCUCAAAUCCACAAUUGGGACACUGCUGUGAAUCAUGCGAAGGUUGUUCUUAUGGUGAAAAGAAUUAUCUUGAUCAUGCUACAUUUUAUGAUCCACAUAACACAUGUCGGGAAUGCCAGUGCCAAACAGGAAUAAUAUCAUGCCAACAGAAAUCAUGCUCUGUGGUCCCAGACUGCUUGAAACCUAUUUACAUUGAAGGACAAUGUUGUCCAGUUUGCGAAGAGUGCUUCUUUAAAGGCCGUUUGUAUCCUAAUGGUGAAAGGUUUCUAGAUCCUGACAACCCUUGCAACGAAUGUUUUUGCGAAUACCCAGAUACAAUUUGCGAAUUAUCAGAGUGUUCUAAUAAUGAUUGUCUCGAUACCCAGAACAACAUGUGUGACAUCAGAAAUGCAGAGUGCUACUUUUAUGAAGAUACAUAUGAGUCAGGAGCAGUUUUUACUCAUCCAGAAAAUGCAUGUGAAAUUUGCAGUUGCAUGGAUGGAAGAACUACUUGUUUUGAAAGAAGUUGCCCAGCAGUUCGUUGUUCUCACCCAGUUCAAACAAGCUGUUGUUCUGUAUGCACUGAUGGUUGUUGGUUUGAUAAUACAAUUUACGCUGAAUCGCAAGUAUUUGCCAAUCCUCAAAAUCCUUGCAACGAAUGCACUUGUCAAAAUGGUAAUGUUACAUGUGGAAAUAAAGAAUGUCCGAAAGUUGACUGUGAAUAUCCCAUUAUACUUGACUGUUGUCCUACAUGCAGAGAUUGUUCUCAAAAUGGUGAAAUAAUACCAGAUGGACAAGUUCUGGACUACAUAAGCUCAAAUGAAUGCGAAAUUUGCUCUUGCAAAAAUGGCAAUAUUGAAUGCCAUGCAAAAACUUGCGAGGAAAUACACUGUUCUAAUCCAGUAAUUAUCGAUUGUUGCCCUGUAUGCAAUAUGGGAUGUUUGUAUAAUGGUCAAAUUUAUGAUUUUGGAUCUGAAAUACUGAUACCUGAAAGUAUCUGUGACACUUGCAUAUGUACAAAUGGUAGUAUAGAAUGCAAACAAAAGACUUGCAAUGAAGUAGAAUGCUCCAAUCCAAUCAUAAAAGACUGUUGUCCUGUUUGUGAUUCAGGAUGUUCGCACAAUGGUGAAAUUUAUAACAUUGGAGAAGAGAUUGAAUUUUCGAUUAAAUCCUGUGAAAUCUGUAUUUGUACUGGAGGAAAUAUUGAAUGCAAUCCAAAAGCUUGCGACAUCGUUCAUUGCACUGAUCCAGUUAUUAAGGAUUGUUGUCCUGUCUGUGACUCAGGUUGCUUUUAUGAGGGUAAAAUUUAUAAUGUUGGUGCAGAGUUUGAUGAUCCAAAAGAUAUUUGUUCAGAAUGUGCUUGCAUGGAAGGUUCAGUUUAUUGUUCAGAAAAGCCAUGUGAAACUGUUACCUGCAUGAAUCCCAUUACAGAUGACGAACACUGUUGCCUUUACUGUCCUGAUCAUUGCAUUUAUAAUGGGCAAAGAUAUGAACUUGACGCUGUGUUUAAUCACGAAAGUGAUCCUUGCAAAGAAUGCUCUUGCAACAAUGGUGAUGUUUUUUGUAACGUUAAAGAUUGUCCCCCAAUAACUUGCUUAAAUCCAGCUCCCGGAGAAUGUUGUCUAGAGUGCUCAAACUGUCGCUAUCAUGAACAAAUUUAUGCAGAUAAUAAGAAUUUUACAAAUCCCAGAAAUCCAUGCGAAACUUGUUUAUGUUCCAAUGGUGAUGUUUUAUGUGACGUUAGAGAUUGUCCCCCAAUAACUUGCUUAAAUCCAGCUCCCGGAGAAUGUUGUCUUGAGUGCUCAAACUGUCGAUAUCAUGAACAAAUUUAUGCAGACAAUAAGAAUUUUACAAAUCCUAAAAAUCCAUGCGAAACUUGUUUAUGUUCUAAAGGACAAGUAGCAUGUGCAAGAUAUUCAUGCGUUCAAUGUCUUCAUCCUACAUUAUUUGAUUCAAAAUGUUGCCCAAUCUGUGAUGGAUGCUCUUUUGAAGGAAGAAAUUAUUCUAACCAAGAAAUAUUUAUAUCUUCUAGUAAUCCUUGUGACGAGUGCAUAUGCAAAAAUGGAACAGUUACCUGCCACUCUCUGCAAUGCAGCCAACCUAUUUGCAGUAAUCCUAUUUUAAUGCCAAAUACAUGUUGUCCUAUAUGUCCAGGCUGCGUUAUUUCAGGAAUUCAUUUUGAGCAAAACAAAGAAUUUACUCAUCCUGAUGAUGUUUGCGAAAAGUGUAUCUGCCAGGUAGGAGAAGUUGCUUGUAAAAGGCAAAUCUGUACAAGAAAUUGCACUCAUCCAGUACCAGAUCCUUGUUGCUCAAUGUGUGAUGAUUGCAUUUUUGAAAGCAUCCACCGUUCCAAUGGUGAAGUGUUUAGACCUGAUGCUUGUAGAAAAUGUGAAUGCAAGGACGGUAAUGUUCACUGUUCAUCAGAAAUUUGCCCAGAACUCAAUUGUAAACUGAGAGUCAGAAAUCCAGGGCAGUGCUGUGAAACAUGCAGAGGUUGCGUAUACGAAGGUAAUGAAUAUGAAAGCGAUGCAAUGUGGAUUUCUACAAGUAAUCCAUGCUUAUCCUGUAUGUGCAAAGGUGGAACAGUUUCCUGUACAAAUAUUGUGUGUCCUGUAGAAUGUGUUGAGCCAAUACCCGUUCCUGGUCUUUGCUGUCCCAGAUGCCCUGGCUGUGAAAGAGAUGGGGUCAAGUAUAAAUCUGGCGAACGUUUCAUACCUCCAUCCAAGCCAUGUGAUUCUUGCGUUUGUGAUUCUGGAAAUAUAUUCUGUCUGACACAUGAAUGUCCUAUUCUAAUAAACUGUCCAGAAGAGUCUAUCAAACCUCCAAGCAAUGGUGAAUGCUGUCCUACUUGUGCAGCUUUUGGUUCUUCAUGCACACGGGACCAAAUUGGGCAACUUUUCUAUCCAUAUCCUGAUCCUUGCUUUUCUUGUCAAUGCUCUGAAAACUUUAUGUGGAUUUGUUCGAAAGAAUUUUGUCCAGUUUUAAAUUGCCCUCCUGCUGAGAUACUAAAAACUGAGAAAGAUUGCUGUCCUAAAUGUAAAGUUUGUAUUUCUGAAGGACAUGAAGUCCAUUUACAUGGAGAUUCAUGGCAUCAAAAUGGCGAUCUUUGUAACAGAUGCUUUUGUGACUAUGGUUUUAUCAAAUGCGAGAAAACUAUCUGUCCAGAAAUCAACUGUGAAUCCAAUGAAAUUAAGCAUCGCUCUUCUGGUGAAUGUUGUCCCAUUUGUGCAUCAUCUACACACUUCUCUUGUGACUAUGGUGGAUCAUUUUAUGAAUAUGGUUUUAUCAAAUGCGAGAAAACUAUCUGUCCAGAAAUCAACUGUGAAUCCAAUGAAAUUAAGCAUCGCUCUUCUGGUGAAUGUUGUCCCAUUUGUGCAUCAUCUACACACUUCUCUUGUGACUAUGGUGGAUCAUUUUAUGAAAACGGACAAAGCUGGAAUCCUGAUCCUUGUACAACUUGCCAGUGUAUUCAUGGUAAAAUGAAUUGCCACAAUGAAAGAUGCAUACCAUUGCAUUGUACAUCCGAUGAAAUUCCAUCAGUCGAUCCUGGACAAUGUUGUCCUAAAUGUAUACCACGACCAGCUACAUGCCUUGCUUUCGGAGAUCCACAUUACAGAACAUUUGAUGGGGCGAGUAUAAGUUUUCAAGGAACAUGCAGAUAUGUUCUGACCGCAGAUUGCUAUACUCAGAAAUUUUCCAUUGUAGUUGAAAAUAAUGAUCGAGGAUUUAAUGGGGUCUCUUGGACUCAUCGAGUGGUCCUUGUUUUGCAAAACGCAUCAGUUGAUCUGCGAGCUGGACCAUCUGUCUAUCUUCGUGGUAAAUUAAUUGAACAACUGCCAUAUUUUGAAAAACCAGUUCUAUAUGUUGAAAAAACUGGUACAUCCGUUUUAGUAACUACUGACGUUGGCGUUCAGGUAUUGUGGAAUGGUGAUGGCUUCGUGGAAGUUACUGUAUCUGGUAUAUAUAGGGGCAAAACUUGUGGCCUUUGUGGAAAUUUCAAUUACUAUCCGGAAGAUGAUAUGAGAACACCAACCAACCAAACUGCGACAUCCGAAGCUAUGUUUGGGAACAGCUGGAAAUAUGGAGAGGUUCAACCAAGUGGCUGCACAGAAUCUGUGGACAUAGAUCCUUGCUCCAAAGGAGGUUAUCGAAUCAGAAAGAUGGCAAAUAAUAAAUGCUCCAUACUAAAAGCAUUCAUUGUUCUGAAGAAGAAGGCUUAGUGUUUGAUGAGUGUGGUCCACCAUGUUCGAGAACAUGCGAGAAUAUAAACAUGCCCAUAGAACUAUUAGCGUCUCAGUGUUUUAAGCCGUGCGUUCCUGGAUGCCAAUGUUCUGCAGAUAAAGUACUUCACAAUGGAAGAUGUAUUCGUCCAGAACGUUGCCCAUAAUUUGCAUAUUUUUCAUAUUGUAAUGUAAAUAAACGUUUUAUUUAAUACAGUG